UAAUCUCGGACACGUUUUCAAAGACUAUACCAAUAGUUAUUGCACUGAGUCCACCUAAAUCACUCAGUGUUCCAAUUAAUGUUAAGCUUUGCAGUUGACAAUUUUAUGCAACGAACGGAAUCUCUGCCUCCUAACAUCUCAGUGGAGCAAACGCAAUGGGAGUUCUGGAAAUUCUCAGUCCCAUGGAAAGCAAUAUUGCAGUCAAAGAGUGUAUGGUCCGUACUAAUUUGUCAUUUUGUUUAUGAUUGGGGAUGGUUUACUCUAGUCACAUGUAUGCCAACGUAUUUGAGCAGAGUUCUGGGAUUCAAUAUACUUUCGAAUUCCUUUUUAUCAUCUAUACCGUAUAUCGUGCAAAUUGUUGUCUCACUCACAGUUGCUUUCUUAUCAGACAUUUUCAUAGUGCACAAAUUAUUGUCAACAACAUGGAUAAGACGUGUUAAUAAUUUUAUUGCCUUAGCAGGACUUGGAAUAGGGAUAAUUUCUGUUGGUCUUGUUGGAUGCAAUGCAUAUGUAGCUGUUGGAAUAUUUUCCGUAACUGUUGGUCUAAUGGGUUUUUCGGCAGCUGGAUUCUUUUCAAAUACUUUGGAUAUUGCUGCACCUUAUGCUGGUAAUAUUUCAUCUAUAGCCAGUACAUUCGCAUCAGUAUCUGGAAUUUUCGCACCAUUGAUUGUUGGUUUUGUGACUAAAGACAAUUCAAAUUUAACCAACUGGUUCAUCAUAUUUGGAGUAUCAUCCGGUUUAGCUUGGCUCGGGGCCUUUAUCAAUUUAUAUCUGACAAGUGGAGAAGUUGAACCGUGGGCAAGCUUACCGUCAUCCUGAAUGGAACAAAUUAAAAUUCCCCCAAUCAUGUUUAUUUUCUUUAAGAAUAUUACAUAAUACCCUUCCCACAUACACAUUAGAGAAUAUUUAUUACUGAAAAAGGAAUCAAAUUAUCUUGAGAUGCCCUUCUUCACUUGACCAUAAUAAAGAGCUGUGAAAAAAAUCUGUCUCUCCUCUCGUUUUAGUUUCUUCACAUUUAUGGCAAAGGUAUGUUUUGGGAUUUUUUGAAUGUUUUCUAACUUUUCCUGUUCUCUUCACUCAUUUAUUUAUUUUUAACUAAAGUAUCCUCUCAAACCAUAUCAUAGUUGUUUAAAUUUAAAAAAAA